AUGUCACACCAGGAUAUCCCCCAAAUAGAUCAGUUUGACAUCAACGAGGAGUUUCUGAAAGAACUAGAUCAGGACUUUUCCUAUUUUGAUCCCUGUCUGCCUGAUUUUAUAUCCGAUAAUCUCGAGCAGCAAUGCCGGUCGAAUUUGGCGUUUGAUUCGCUGGACGUGCCACCCUUACCAACAAUGGAGUGGAUAGACUACGGAGCACAGCAAACCGAUCAUAUGGCGCAGAUGGGAGAAGAUCUCACACUACAAACACAGCUUACUGCUGCGAAUCAUGACAUGACCAAUGAAGCUCCGAAAGCGGGAGGGGAGCUGGAAACCGUCGUUCUCAGGCUUCAGGAGAGGACAGAACGACUCGAGAAGGAACUUGAGAAUCUCCAGAAUGAGCGGGAGGAGGAGAGGGAAAGAUUGUGCAUGGAGGUUGAAAAGAACGUUAAAAAACUGGAGGAUUGGAAUGCGGAACUGAAGCAGUUAGUUGUUAACCUGGUCGAGGAACUCAUUGGGGCUGGGGUUAUCACGUCUCGUUAG